AUGACGAGGAGCAGCACCAGCAACUCGACUGGCCUCCGCCGUAUGAGACCGUCUUCGACCGGUUCCACCUCCGCAUCCACGAAGCUUGCCACUACCGCUACCGACCUUACCCCGCCUUCCUCCUCUCGCACUUUAGUACCCGCUGAUCAGUCUGGCGAGCAGGAUUAUGGAGCGUUGGGCGCACGCAGUAGUUAUGAAGGCGACGAGGUGGUCGGAGAGAGGGGGACGGUGCAGGGGACCAACGGCGCCGGCGGUUACGACCACGGCCACGGCCACGGCCACGCGGGGUAUGCAAAGAUGCCGCCGAUGGGUGUUGGAGGAGACGACAAGGACAAGUGGACGGCGCUGAGGGAAGCGCCAGCGAGAGCGGCGGGUAUUGCUUGUCCCCGAGGGGAGGGUGCUGUUCUUCUAGUUGUUUUCGUGGGGCUCACAGGAGACCGCAGCUUUGAGUCCUUUUUGCGCUUCGGAAAGGUGAGUCUUCAUUUGAAGGCUGGCUACGUGGUGGACUUGUGA